CUCCUGGUUGGCCAUUCACCAGAUCCAGCGGUGUGGUUCCAUGCAGCUCUAUCUGACUAAUGGCCAGCCUGCAGGCAGCAUGACUCUUGGGGGGGGGAAGGGGGGAGAGGAGCCACCCGAGCUUCCGCCUUUGGCGCCCCUGCCACCUCGCCUUAGGAUUCGGAUGACACCAGCAUGGAUGCAGAAGCCCAGAAUUCACCGCUGGGCUGUAGAGAUGAUGGCAAAAAUGAUUCCCUUUCUGCUGAGAAACCUUUAGAGACAGGUGAUCUCCAAAGUGAUCCACCAGAUUCCCAGCCUUCUGUCAGCAAUGGUGGCGAUUCUGAAAUGGAGAAGGAACUGGUUGAGCUAAAGGUCAUCUGGAACAAAAACAAGUAUGACUUCAAGUUCCCACUGGAUAGCACGGGGGCUGAUCUGAAGCAGAAAAUCCACUCACUCACAGGCCUUCCACCUGCAAUGCAAAAGGUCAUGUUCAAAGGACUUUUACCAGAGGAGAAAACGUUACGGGAAAUCAAAAUAAUCAAUGGAGCAAAAAUAAUGGUGGUUGGCUCAACUAUCAAUGAUGUCUUGGCAGUAAACACACCGAAAGAUGCUGCUCAACAGGAAGUGAAAUCAGAAGAUACCAAAAAGGAGCCCCUCUGCAGACAAAAGCAACACAGAAAAGUGUUGGAUAAAGGAAAACCUGAAGAUGUGAUGCCUUCAGCUAAGGGUGUCCAGGAGCGCCUCCCAACUGUUCCUUUAUCGGGCAUGUACAACAAGUCAGGGGGGAAAGUACGGCUGACCUUCAAACUUGAACAAGAUCAGCUUUGGAUCGGCACUAAAGAGAGAACAGAAAAAUUGCCGAUGGGAUCCAUCAAGAAUGUGGUGAGCGAACCCAUUGAAGGACACGAAGAUUAUCACAUGAUGGCCUUCCAGCUGGGUCCUACUGAAGCCUCUUACUACUGGGUCUAUUGGGUGCCUACUCAAUACGUUGAUGCCAUCAAGGACACGGUGCUGGGGAAGUGGCAGUAUUUUUGAAGGCACGCUCACCUCUGGCACUGGAGACUGACAUGAACCGAAGGACACUGCUGGGAGAGGCCGGGACACGGCUCGUCCUGGAACUGCUUAAUCAAUGUGAUCUCAAAGAGGCCUGGGAGGACGCCAGAGGUGGGGAUCUCUCGCCAUUAGUUUCUUUUUAACUUAAAAAGGUGCAGCCGCCGCCGCCGCCACCACCGCUCUUUUUCAGCAGCCAGCUUCGACCAUAUUUAAACAAACAAAAGCAAAUACGAUGGAAAUCAAUAAAUCUUAAUUCACAAACCACUGUGUGUAAUACACUUUAACUCCACUGAGCCUAGCUCUCCCGGUCUCUAGUUUCUGCAAGGAAAUGGCGGACAUGCCACUGAGGAUUUUCUACAUGACUUGGACAAGAGACCUUCUCCUUCAGUGCCACAUGCUCUGGUUUAUUUGAGCUAAGUGCUAGUGACUGAGAGUUUGAGAGAGAGGAGUCUCCCCCUCUCUCUCCCUGUUUAAUAUAAAAGGAAAACCUAUAAGAAGUAUGCAAACUUGGGGUGUAAUAAGCCAUAUCUUCCUGGCCCUUAAGUUUCCUUGCGGCUUUUCUGGUAGCAAAAUGGUGCAAUUUUUAACCCAAAGAUGCUUGACUCCUCCUCCUCAAAAGUUCAGCGGUGCAGCUUUUCAUGCCUCUUGCUGAGAGGUGAGUAAUAACACAAUAUCCUUUGGAUCUCCGGGCGGGGCCUGCUUGUGCUUGCGUGCUGCCCUUCGUUCCCCUUCUCCUGCCAUUGCUUGUGGAGGAAGGGGCAUCUAGACUGCCUUAAGGAGCAUUUGUCUGCCACCUCCAUCCAUUGUGGCCCAGGAUCCUUUGCAGCUUAGUUGCUACUGCAGCUGGUUUGGUAUCUUUCUGUGGCCCGGGGCAGGGGGGGGGGCGUCCCCUGGCACCAUCCCACUUUCUUUGGGGCCUCUCCAAGACAGCACCCUGCCCCACCCUGGCUUCUCUGCUUCCCCCUGUGGAGAGGGCUCCUGCCGCCCAGAGGGAGGCCCCCAUGUGCCAAGAAGAGAGGGCAGAGGGGCUGCAUUUGCUCGCCUUGGUGGCCCCUCCUGUAUCCUCGAGCUGCUGGAUCAGGACUAGCUGACAGCCACCCUGGCUUUCCUUGGAAGAGGGCACCCUGCAUCCCCUGGGCUAGUUGCGUUGUCAAAUCUAUAGCAGCCUUCUGGGAAGUGGAAUGGCAGUGCUUGAUUGCUCUGUAUUCAUUUGUGCCAGGAUUCUGUGGCGCUGUGGCGAUUGCGAGGUUGUUCAGUGUGAACUUAGCACAAAGAGUUGGAUCAGCCUAGCAUAUGACGAUAUGUUCUCCUUGGAGCUCUUUGUCCUGUAUUUGCACCCUGUUCAGUGGAGCACAUGGGCCAGUGCCUUGGCACAGGAGUCACCUUAGGCGGCUUCCUUGGCCACCCUUUUGUUGUCCCUAUGGUAUUUCUAGCAGGUGAUUCUUUGUAUAACAGCCGCCGUCCAUGUUCAGGCACCUCGAAGGAGUGGCUGGAAGGCCUGGCGUGGCCGCAUGGAACUGGAGGGUGGCUGCUGUGCCAGGUUUAUGUCCAGGAAAUGUGCAGCGCGACUCCGUGAGAACAGCCCAGAGGAACAGCAUCCAGAGACCUUCCUUGCGGGGCUGAGCUGGUGACUUGGCUUUCUUCUGGGCUGUUGUAUCCCUCCUUGGUGCCCUGCUGGGGGCAGAACGGAAGAGCCCGGAACCCUUUGAGGCUGCCGGGGGCUGCUUCUGACAAGUUUGAUGAGUUUGCUUUGGGUGGCUGGAUCUUUUUCCUUGUGUAAAUUCACCUCUGACCACUAGCAAUCCCUACCAUUGUUGGAAAUCUUGGGGGAGAGAUCUUUUCUUUCUGGGGGAAAUGGACUCUCUGGAGAAAUUUUGAAAUAUAUGCAAUACUUCUACUUUUCUACUUUUCAAAUGUGAACUUCAUCCUGUAUGUCUUAGCAUGCAGAAGUGUGUGGAAGUUUAAAAUGGAAACUGUUGACAUGGGAAUAAUCCAAGAGGGUUUUUAUUAACUGGGUUUAAAUGGCAUGUAGACCUCAGCAGUAUCCUGCAGAAACAGGUUUUUUAAGAGGAAGCGUUCAGAAAUGAAACAUUCCUAUAAUGUAACGUAAGGAGUGGCAAUAAAUUUGGAAAUGCAGUUCAGCGUUUGAGCAUAGUGGUGUUGCAUGUCAGGCCUGCCCUUCCUCAGGAAGCUCACAGUGGCGGGUGGGUGUAGUCCCUCUCCUGUCUCUUCACAACAUCCCUGUGAGGUAGGUUAGGCUGAGGAACGAGGGCUGGCCCAGGGCCACCCAGUGAGCUUCCAGCCACAACCCCAAGUCUCCCUGUCUCCUGGUAUGUGCCCAGGCGGCAGUCUUGUGCACGCUGAACUGGGAGGCGGGAUGAGCCCCCUCAUGGAAUGUCCUUCCGAGUGGACUCCUUUACAGGUCCAUAGAAAAAACUGCAGAGAAAACCAGAUCUCCUGAGCCCCUGUUCUUCUUUUAUUUGUAUCUCAUGCCAUCUGAUCAUCUCUGUCCUUCAAAGCCAUUGUUUAACUCCCACCUAUUUCUUGAAUCCAGAUCUGAAGGAUUCAUCACCGUCACAGCAUCCUAGCAGCAGGCUUGCCAGUUCCGUCCUGGUCAGCUGGGCAGCAAAGUGAGGCCCCCCCGCCGAGAAAGCAGCGGAGUUGGGGGAGGAGCCUAGGAAGCUGCCAUCUACUGAGUCAGACCAUUGAUCCAUCUAGCUCAGUAUUGUCUACACAGACCAGCAGCAGCAUCUCCAAGGAGGGUGUGGGUCUGUAAACUGAGCGAGAGAAAUCCACCCACCAAAACCUGAGGAUUGAGAGAUCCCUCUUGUGCCCCAUGGCUCUUGGCAGGAGCUGGAGAAAGUUGGCCCCAACAGCUGAGAGUAUCCUGGGAGGGGGCGUGGGAGAAGUGCACAAUGAGGCAUGCAUCCCAGGCAAGGGGGCUUCUGCCAGCCCCCCAUGGUUCCUCACAGAGCCCCCAGCGGGUAGCUCCGGAUCCUGAACGCCCACUCUGAGUUUUAUGGCAGUCAGGAGACCGAAGAGGUGCAUGAGCGACGAGGCCCCCCUCCGCUCUUCUGCGUGUGCCUUGGUGGUGUGGCGGCUGUCCUUGCAACCAGUCUUGAGGCAUGUGAGGAGCCAGAGGCCAGCUGCUCCACCGGAUCGCGCGUGGGCUGGGAGGACAAGCCCCCUGCCUAGCCCCCUGAGCUCUGCUUGCAAAAACCGAGGUCCAGAGCGCAGGCAGUGGUGGCCGAGGAGCCCAGCCGGGUGGCUUUCUCUCCAGCCUCCGUAACUCGCUGGGGGAAAUGCUGGCUCAGAGGGCACCCUCUGGAUCUGCUCAGGCUUCACCGGCCGUCACUCCCCCCUCCCUUAACUCGCACCGGGACUGCACACGGCUUCCGAGCCUGGGUGGGCCCCUUGUCCUGCUCAAGGGCCGCUGGUGGGCACCCGCUGACUGUGUGGGAAGACCUCCUUGUGUGGCAGCUGGGCCUGAAGGCCCCCCGUCAAAGGGAGCAGCCCUGCUCCGAGCCCUCCAGCUUCUGGCUCUUGCACUGAGGAAGUGUCACUUGACAAGGGCUUUCACUCAUCCUUGCCCAGAGAGAGAAAAUAUUGCCUGAAGAGGUUAUUUGUCUCCCCCCACCCCGCAGAAAGUCCAGUUUUCCCAGGCAUCCCGGUGGGGGGCAGGCAGAUUGUGUGUCCUGUGUCCCCCCCGCAAGACUUCAUAAUCUCUGCUAUUGAUUUUCAUUUUGAUGGGGUAAAGCUGGCUAUGCAGUGAAUGUUGGCUUGUCCUGACAAGCCAGGGGCGGCCAAAGGAGGCCGCUUGGGUUGCGUCUCCCCCCACCUCACCUGCAGGCUGGCUGCUCAUCGGCUAGAGUUGGGCACCAGCCACCGCCCUGCCCUCUCUCUCUCUCUCUGGGCUCUGAACCCCAGAUCCUAAGCGCCUGUCUUCUCACAUUGACUGAUCUCCCGGCUCGUAGUUGCUGUGCCUGGUCCUCUGUCUUUGGACUGGGCCCAGAAUCUGUUUCCUGUAGCAUUUGAGGUGCUAACCGUGGGAUUCCUCCCACUUCAUCCUUUGGCAGAUGUUGCUGGGAUGUCAAAAGCUGGAGCCCCCCCCCGCGCAGCCUCUUUCCUAGGCUGGUGAUGUUUCGCGUCCUGCCUGACCGACUGCCUCUGAGGUCGCCAUUUUGCCUUACUGGUUCCAAACAUUUUCCAAGAGUGUCUGUCUCUUCCUAAAGCUUAAGUGCUUCUCUGAUGCAGUCUUCAAAGGGGGGGGGUCAUCCCCAAUUGUUUUUUUAAAUUUAAAAGCCACCUUAGAGGAAGAGGAGCAGAAGAACAAUUAGGGGUGUGAGAGAUUGUCCACCAGUCUUCUGCUCUGGGGCUGACUUUCAUGUCUCACAAUCCAUUCAAGGGAAAGAGAUUCCCAAGAGUGUUUAGCCCACAGCUGCAGAAUAGAUCGCUUCUCCUUUGGGGUGGAAAAGUCAUGCUAGCAAGUACGAAACUCCGCGCUGACGCCAGUGCACUUUUCCAGCCCUGGUUUGGUUGCUUCUUGUGCAUUGCCCCUUCCCUGGCUGGGGCCAAAAGAGCUCGGGUUAAUUUGGCAAUAGAUCACCUCCACCACAGGUGCCACAGGCCAGGAACAUUGCCCUCUUCGGAGAAGCCGGCUGCUGACUGAGUGUGCUAACUGGUCUUCUCUCUCUGCUUUACUCCGCCUCACCCUCUUGGACUGCAAAUUCUGCUUGGUUCCUCAACAGGACACGUGGUCUGGGGUGGGGGACACUCUCUCUCACUCACCCACCCACCGCCAACUCCUUCACAACAACCGCCCAGUGCUGGCAGCUGCAGUCUAAAGCAGCUAGGCGGGCCAGGACAGCUGACUGGUCGGUUUUCAGUAGCUGGGAUUUUCGGAAGCCUUUUGCCUGCAGGAUCCCUUCAUCCCAUUCAGGUUCUUGCUUCUGGUGCCACAUGUCUCCAGGCCGCACGACCGCCAUUGUCCUGGCCCCUUGCUCUGUGCUGGGGCCAGUUUCCUCUUGCCCCGGGGGUGGGGGGGCGCCAGCACAAGGCCACACCCCUGCCCUCUGGGUCUUUGGCCAGCCAGGGGCCUGACGGUCUGUUCCUUGCAGAAGGCUCCACCUCUGAGGAGUGUGUGGGAAGAGGGGGGAGGAAUCGGGGCCAACGGGCAGUCUGGCUCCCACUGCUGGGAUAUUGUGAUGUGUAACCUUGUCCGGUUAUCCUCCUUGCUCUGUUCUGUAAGAUCGAUCAGUCUUGACAAUGAAACGUUGAUAAUAAAGUGUCGUUUUGUUGA